CUCAAACCGAAAGUGAGACUGAGGAACGGGAGGAGACAGAAACAGGACUGCGGGUACAGAUUAAAUAUCACUGGUCUCCUCUGAGGAAUGUGCAUGAAACAAGAUGAAUUGAAUAGAAAAUGUGUGCUGAUGUUGCAGGAUUACCAUGACAACUGGUUUUCACUGACCAGAAAGCAUCGUCAUCAUCAUCGUCAUCAUCAUCAUCAUCAUCAUCAUGUUUACAGGGGUGAAUUCCAUGAUGACGCUUCCGUAUGCCAGUCAUCUAGAUGAAACCAUGGAGACAGAGUUGUUAAAAACAGCAUCUGGAGCAAUUAGCUGUGUCUCCUUUAAGAGUGAUUGGUCCAUAGAAAAGCCGCCUAGCCUGAGCAGGGAAAAUGUCAUCCCUAAGAGCAGAUGUAAUAUGAAAAGUGCAUCUCCAGCAACCAGCUGUGUGUCUAUGAAGAGUGACCACUCCAAAGAAAUGCCCUUAAGCCUGAGCGGGGAAGAUGUCAUUACUGAAGAAAUUCAACCCUUCAAAACGGAAGCUCUGCAAGAACCUACACUGAUAAAGAUAUCUUCAGGCUUUUGGAAAGAUUCUAAAAAUGUUCUAUCCAGAGUCUUAAAUACUCACAAAACCAGCAUGAGCAAUAAGCACCAGAGCUUAUUCGAAGGAAUCAAAAUGUACAGAAAUAAAACUCCUCUGAAUACGAUUUAUACUCAGCUCUACAUCAUAGAGGGAGAGAGUGAAAGCGUGAACAACGAACAUGAAGUUUUAAAGAUGGAGAGAAGGCCAGGACGACAGCACUUCCAUGAUAGGCCAAUUAACUGCUUAGAUAUAUUUAAUUACAAUGGAGAACUUGACAGAGAAAAUGGAGCAAGAGGACAAAAGCUCAGAACAGUGUUAACGAAAGGAAUUGCUGGAAUCGGGAAAACCGUGUCGGUACAGAAAUUCAUUCUGGAUUGGGCAGAAGGAAAAGCCAAUCAGGACAUCGAUUUCAUGUUUGUGCUUCCGUUCCGUGAGUUAAAUUUGAUUAAAGAUGACUGUUACAGUCUUCACAAGCUCUUGUGCGACUUCCAUCCCGAGCUAAAAGUUCUGGACGCACGCAUAUACCAGAUGUGUAAAGUCGUCUUUAUUUUCGACGGCCUAGAUGAAAGCAGACUUCCUCUCAACUUUUUAAAUAGUAAGAAAGUAUCUGAUGUAAUGAUGACAUCAUCAGUGAGUGCCCUGAUGUCAAGCCUAAUCACCGGUCACCUGCUUCCUUCUGCCCUCAUCUGGAUAACCUCCAGACCAGCGGCGGCCAGUCAGAUCCCCCGGAUGUACCUCGAUCGCGUGACAGAAAUUCAGGGAUUUAGCGACGAACAAAAGGAAGAGUAUUUUAGGAAGAAAAUCAGCGAGCAAGACCACGCCGAGAAAAUCAUUUCCCACAUUAAAAGGACGAGGAGUCUUUAUAUUAUGUGCCACAUCCCAGUGUUUUGUUGGAUAUUAGCUACAGUGCUACAGAAAAUAAUGAAACAAAAUAUUCACACAGAGGCGCCGAAAACUCUGGCUGAGAUAUAUGCGCACUUCCUGCUUAUUCAAACGAACAUAAAAAAUGAAAAGUAUGAAAAAAUGGAUGAAAGAGAUCCCGAGAAGCUUCUGCAAACAAACAGAGGCACGAUUUUAAAGCUAGCAGAACUGGCUUUUAAGCAGCUGAUGAAGGGCAACGUGAUGUUUUAUGAAGAAGACCUGAGAGAGUGCGGUAUCGAUACCACCGAGGCAUUGGUGUACUCUGGGAUUUGCACUGAGAUCUUCAAAGAAGAAUCUGUGCUGUACCAGAAGAAGGUCUACUGCUUUGUGCAUCUUAGCUUUCAGGAGUUUUUUGCUGCUCUAUACGUGUUUUACUGCUACAUAACAAAGAGCAUGGAGGCGCUACAGUUUUUCAUGCCCCUCUCCGGACAGUGGUCCGAGGAUCUUCCCUUGGACGAGUUGUUAUAUUCAGCAAUCGAUAAAGUCUUACAUACUGACAACGGACACUUAGAUCUUUUUCUCCGUUUCCUGCUUGGCAUCUCACUGGAGACCAACCAGAGCCUCCUGCGAGGCCUCCUGAGCCACACACACAGCAGCUCAGAGAACAUCAAGAGUGCAGUCCAGUACAUCAAAUGGCAGAUUCAAACCGAGGACCUUCCGAGUGACAGAGCAAUCAACCUGUUCCUGUGUCUCACAGAAAUGAAGGAUCAGUCUCUGUUAAAAGAGAUUCAGGAGUUCCUGAAGUCGGAGAAUCGAUCCGAGAAAAAGCUCUCGGCUGCACACUGCACAGCGAUGGCGUACAUACUGCAGAUGUCCGACGACGUCAUGGAGGAGCUGGAUGUGAAGAAUUACAACGCAUCACAGGAGGGAAGAUGGAGGCUGAUAAGUGCUGUAAGCAACUGCAGAAAGGCUCUGCUAGCAGGCUGUUAUCUCACUGUAAGUUCUUGUGACACCUUCACCUCAACUCUGCAGUUAGAAAAGUCCCCUUUGAGAGAACUGGACCUCAGCAACAACGAUUUGCAGGACUCGGGGGUGAAGCUGCUCUCUGAUGGCCUGAAGAGCCCACACUGUAAACUGGAGAUACUCAGACUAGCUAUUAGUAAUCUUGGAGCGAAGGCAUGCGAGUAUUUGGGAUCAGCUUUCAUGCUGCCACACUCAACCCUGAGAGAACUGGACGUCAGUAACAAUGAUUUGGGGGACACGGGAGUGAAGCUGCUGUCGGAUGGCCUGAAGAGCUCAGACUGUAAACUGGAGAGACUCAGAUUAUCUGGAUGUCUAAUCACAGGAGAAGGCUGCGCUGCUCUGGCUUCAGCACUGAGGUCAAACCCCGCACACCUGAGAGAGCUGGAUCUGAGCUACAACCUUCCAGGAGACACAGGAGAGGAGAUGCUGUCCGCUAUACUGAACGAUCCAGACUGCAAACUGGAGACACUCAGGUUGGACCAUGCGAACAAGAUUAGACUCACACCUGGUCUAAGAAAAUAUGCCUGUAGGCUCACGCUGGACCCGAACACGGCACACACACGUCUCGCUCUGUCUGAUGGGAACAGGAAGGUGACGCACGGUAAAGAUGACCAGCCGUACCCUGACCACCCGGAGAGGUUCGAUUACUGGAAGCAGGUGAUGUGUAGAGAGAGUCUGCAUGGACGCUGUUACUGGGAGGCGGAGUGGGCCGGCGGGGAAUCCGUGAUCUCAAUGAGUUAUAAAGAAAUACGCCGGAAAGGAGGCAGAGGUGACUGCGUGUUCGGCUCCAGUGAGCAUUCCUGGAAACUGGACUGCUCUAGUAACAGUUACACUGCCUGGCACAACAAGAAAAGAACGGACAUACCUGCACCUCCGUCCUGCUCGAAUCGGGUAGGAGUGUACCUGGACUGGCUCGAGGGUUCCCUGUCGUUCUACAGCGUCUCCUCUGACGCACACACACUUACACACCUGCACACAUACAACGCCACGUUCACAGAGCCGCUUUACGCAGGGUUUUGGGUUGACUGUGACUCCUCGGUGAGUCUGUUCUGAUCACGUUGAUCUCUCAAUCUGAUAGGCUGGAAGGUUGAUUAAUCCAAAACAGGUUAGGUACAUGUUUAUAUUAAAAGACACGUGUUAUAAUAUACGUUACAUUAUCUUUUAUAAAAGUAAAAGGCACUUGAUACAGGUACUGGAUGUUUAGCAUUAUUCAUUUUUAAGAAUAAUGUAAGGACAGUGAUCGUGUGACAUAAGUGGCAAAGAUUGUUGUUGUUGUUGUUGUUUUUUUUUCAAAAAAAGUUUACCGCUUGUAUUUUGGUCUAAGUAAGCUACUGUAGAUUUUUUUCACAGUUUGUUUGCAUUCAAAUGAUAAAAUCUAACAAAAAGACAAAGGCAAUGUGAUCUUGCCAAGCUCUGAUCUCUAAUUACUGAUUUCCUUAUCUGGGUUUUUAUUAAGGAAGGAAAAAACGAUGAUCUUUUGAAGUAUUUUGAGUCAUCACUUAUAAUCUGAUAUUUAAAUGUGUCGUUCCUACACAGUGGGACUUUGGGCUGUAUGUAACCCCAAACCUUUACCAUUAGCAGACUAUUCGAGUGCAUAUAAAUGGCAAAAUCUAUUUUUUUUCCCCAGUUAUCUGACAAUUUCAAGCAUUUGAAUGCACUCAGGUCUGUGUACACUCAACUAGCAUCACACUGCAGUGUUCUAUCCAUUCCUUACUGUUUUUAUACUUUCCAUUAAUUCAUUAGUAUACAGUAUAAUUUACUAUUUAUUUUACUUAUCAGUUUAUUUAUUUUAUACUCAGUAAAAUGUUCACUGCUGCUUCCCAGGGAAAGUUUAACAUUAUUAUUAUUAUUUUUUUU